AUGGUGAAUAUUAGAACUACAGAAUUAGAAGGAGAUUUAGCACAGUUGACCUAUGAACUUGGGUUGAAGGAUAAGGAAGUCAUGACUUUAAAGCAAAGUCUGGAACGCCUCAAUGCUGAAGUCGAGAAGCUAAGAAACGAGAACAGAGGCUUGAAAAGCGAAUUGGAACAUUGGAAUAAACUACCGAUGAGUCCAAUAUCUUUGUCUUCAGAAAACGAUCAAACUGAGGACGAUAAAAACCGAAUGAUUCAAGAGAAUUUGCGGAGAGAGAUUCUUUCCUUGAAGAAUGAAAGUAAUAUUUUAUCAGAAUGGAUCAAGACCCUUAUUUCUUGA